UACGGGAGAGAGUCAAUAUGGCUGCUUCCUUGGUACGAUGGCUAAAAAGACUGUACGUUUUCUCGUUGAUAUGUCCGCUCUGUGUCCUGGCCUUCUUGAAUUUGGAAGAGCUGAACGAGAUGAAGUAUGGGAUUCAGAUUCUUCCCGAUCCGGUCAUCCUGGGACAGACCAAGACAGAGGAGGUUAUGAUGGUAUCGAGCAAGUACAAGCAGCUGUAUGAAUGCCGACUUCCAGCACAGGCUGUCCGGUUUCACCAGGAUCCUGCUUCUGAACCUGACUCACAAGGGUACACUGGUCCUGACAUCCCAGACCUACUUAGUCCACUGCACACUGCCCCAUGUCUAGUGAAGACAAAAGACUGGUGGACAUAUGAGUUCUGUCACGGUCAGCACAUCAGACAGUACCACAUUGAAGACACAGAAAUCAAAGGAGACAUUCUCUUCCUGGGUUAUUAUGAGUCUGAAUUUGACUGGAGCAAUGAAACGGCAAAGGCCUCCAAACAGCACCGACUGAAGCGCUACCACAGUCAGACAUAUGUAAAUGGCUCUAAGUGUGACCUAAAUGGAUAUCCCAGAGAGACUGAAGUCAGGUUUGUGUGUGAAGAAGGUUCAGGUGACUACAUUGCCCGAGUGGAUGAACCCCAGUCUUGCCGCUAUGUGCUCACAGUUCACACGAGUCGCACCUGCCAGCAUCCAUUCCUGCGCCCACCAUCCACUGCCAAACCCCAGGGUAUCGUGUGCCAGCCAGCACUCAGUGCCCAACAGUACAUGGACUACGUCAAAGCUCAAGUCUCGGACACAAAGCGUAAAGUAGAGCAGAUCUCAGAGGAGCUUCGGAGUCUUGAUGAGAUGUUGGCUGGUAAUGAAGGAGCAGAUGGAGCAGUGGAAGUAACACCAGAAGAGACAACUCCUGCAUCUAGUGAUGACCAAGACCAGUCAGACAGAAAAGAGACUGCUGAUGUAUCUGAGAAUGCUGCAUCAGAAGAAGCAGAGGACUCUCACUUCUGGGAGGGAGCUACAAAACCAGAGAGUUCAAAAACAUCUGCUUCUCAGCAGGAGAGUGAGGCAGAUGAUGAUGGCUAUAAUUCACUUACAGACAAUAAAGUCAUAGAUGAUGGUGAUGAAGCUGAAAAAUUCAACUUUAAAAUCAUCACAGACCCAGCAGACCUGAUGAAAUUUGUCCAGCACCUCAAGGAGAGUAACAGGAAGAAAGCACAAAAGCAAGCCACAAGUCAAGCAGAGAAACAAACAAGUGACAGAUUAACAGAGAAGCACAGUGAGGAAGAGAAAGAUGAAGAUGAACGGCUGCUACAGGAGUUUGAGGAUGAGAUGGCUGACCUUUCAGUGCCAUCUGAUAAGAUUGAAGAGAUAAAGGAGGAAAUGCAGAAGGAAUUUGACAACAUCAUAAAUGAGGCUCAGCAAGAACUGGAGACAGAGGGGCUGAAAGGGGAGUUUGAUCGCACUCAGGCGACACAGACACUGGAGACGACACUAGAUAAGCUACUUGACCAUUUGGAGGAGAAAGAUGUCCAGGAUGCGGAGCAGCAAACAGCAGGAGUUCAAAGAGCCAGCGACACAACCAGGGGCAGCCCCAGCCUGGCUCCAAAGCAGCCAGACCAAGCAGCUGACGACCAUGUUAAGAUCAAAAUUACUAAGUAUAAGACGGGCAGCAGCCCUGAUGGGGAGGUCAAAGUUCAGGAGAUGGGCGAAGGCGACCCCCAAUGGCAGCACAUAAAGGACGUGGUUAAAGAACAGCUAGAGAAAGCAGGACUGAAGGCCGAAGGUAAAAUUGAGGUGAAAAUCCUUACACGAAAGAAUGCAGAGGAAGCAGGUGAUCAGUGGCUGACUGAAGAAGAUACAAAGUCCUUCAGGGAGCUUCUCAUAAAUCUCCUGACUGGAGGCACAGAAGAAGUCUACAAGGAGCAAAAGAGGCAGCAGGAGUUGGAGAACAACUAUAGGUUUGUGUGGGGAGAGUCCCAGGAGGAGUCGCAGCCAUCCAGCACCUCUGACUCUGACGAUGUAGACAUCUGAGCUCAUUCAGUACAUCCAGUGCACCUUUUGUGAUGGUGAACUCCUGUGGAGACCAGCAGGGAGGAGGGCUCUGAAAUGCAACCGCAAAUCUGAAAAAGAGCCCAUAUGAUCCAAUUAUUGCUAUUAAACCUGGCAGAUAAUGUCAUCUCACCUGUUUGCAUAGUCAGAAAAUGUGUCUUUGUGUCUUAAAUAGGCAAGAGUGUCUUUAGUGGGCACCAUGUAUGUUGCACGAUAAAACCGCAGUGUCAGCUGUAAUUGUGCAGUUGAAUGAAGUUAUGCAUUUUCCCCUUUUUGAUGGGAUUCAGUUUUCAUAGGUGGCUGGAAAAAUCCAGGUGAUGUACAAAUUGUACCUUUUUUAGAAAUAUUUCAGUGAGUUUUCCUGAAUAUGUGCAUCCAGUUCUUAAGUUGUUGGCAGCACACUGUGUGUCCACAGUUAACUUACUUUUUACUUUUACCUCUACAUGACACAGCAGGAGGAAAUGUGCAUGUUUCAGACUGGACAAGUGUUUGCACAGGUUGUGUCGUUUACUUUCUGGAAAACAAAGGACAAACAGUCAAGGGUUCACAUUUGAGUUCUCACCUGUCUUUGAAGCCUUCCGAUACGCUGCAUUUGUUGAUUAAAUUACCGGUAGAUUACAGACGUGUUUGUGCACAUGCUGUCGCACUUUAUAUUUUUAGGAAAAGGUUCUGUAAACGCUGAAUUAUACAUUAUUUCUUUUUGGGUUUCCCUUGGUCUGUCAUUUGUACUGUUCAAAAGAAAAACACUGUAAGAAUGUCAGAAAAUGAAAUUUUUUUAAAUGUGUAUUUUGUUUUUGUUUCUAAUAAGAAUUUACCUUGCUUAAUUUAGUAAAGGAAAACAAAGAAAGCUAUAAUGUCAAUCACAUUACCAAAAUAAUGAAUCCACACAAAGUUUUUGUAAUGAUCCUUCAGAGGUGUACUUUAAAGGGCUGAAUUUGUAUAGUUUGUGAAUAAUUGUGGCUCUGUGGAUCUCAAUGUGUACAUAAUUUCUGUGUGAAACUGUUUUUGAAUUGAAUUGUUGUAUGUUAGCACAAAUCUAAUGGGGCUUGCAUUGCCUGAGUGAAUACGUUUGUGACCGUGCAAUCUUGUAUGUGAAACUUAAUUUCAGACUUUUUCAGACACAUGAUUGGGGCAUUUGUUCUUUUAAGAAGUCAGCACCAAGAAAAGAUUAAUGUGUUGUUGGUGUUUUCCUAUUUUGCCACAAGAAUUAAUGUUGUUAUCUGAUCUGGGGUCUGUAUCAAAAAGUCAGUUCUGUGGAGCUGUGUUUUGGCUGAACAUACUAUUUACUGUAUUGUAAAGCUGGUUCAUGGCUACAUAGGAAAACCCAGAGGUAGCAUUUGAGCCUAUUGAUAACCAGCUUUACCGGUUAUCUGCUAACAUCAUUGUUUGUCUGGCCAUCUGAAUUUACUGAAGUUAAGCCUGGUUCAUGAUACAGGCCCCAUGUCCAUUACAUGGCUUAAAUGGAGGAAAAUCCCAUCCCUAUGAUCACAGGUGUGCCAUCAACCUGUCCUGUGAUUACAAGUGUGCCAUAACACUCAUUUUUGUCUGCAUCACACGUCAAGCCUCACCCCUCAGCUGCACACAUUAUUUGUAAAUGAUGACAACUUAAUAUAGAGGGAGAAA